UGAUCUCUCUUCCCAAUGAGUCAGGGACUCUGUUUCUUCCUCAUCCAGAAAAGCCGGCAUCAUUCCGCUCACAGCAUCCGCCCGUUUAACGAGAAAUCUUGUGCCAUGGGUUGCGCCAAUUCGAAGACCAGCGGGGCAACGGGGGCGUUGGAAGCCCCUGAAGGAGGGGAUGGGGCUGCUCCUCCCAAAGUGAUGGUGGACGGUGAAGGACAAGAUGGAACAGUAGCUGUAAAUGGAAAUGCUGUAGCCUGUGCAAAUGGUGCAGAAGAUACAACGGGAGACGAAAAAGAGGCCUGCAAUGGAGAUGUGACUGCAAAGAGUGAUGAGAACGAGACCGCGCCAUCUGGCGGAGAACAGUCUGAACAAAAUGGCGGCUGUGAGAAAGAUGGGGAAAAAUCGAUCCAAGAUGGCGGCGAUGGAGAGGAAAACGAAGAGAAGCAAACGGGAGAGGAAGCAGAAAAGGAAGAAGAGAAUACCACAGCUGAGGCAACAGAUAGCGAAAAUGUUGAAUCUAGGGAAAACAAUGAGGAAGAAAAACCUGAGUAAAAUAUGAAAUUGUAAAAGGAGAAAUGAAAAACAAGAAGCUAGUUUCUUCUUUUUUAUUUUGUUUGUGUUAAUUUUUAAUUUUCAUUUGACAUCCAAAGGAAGUUACUUCAUUAGAAGGUUUAACAAAAUGCCAAAGAUGAACUGGUUAGGUUUUCUUUGCAUUCACCAGCAUCUAAGCAAGAAAGUAAAUGGUUGAACUUUAAUAAAAUACACUGAUGCGUUUCAUGCAUAUGCAAUUAAUUUAUAAAUUAUUUUUUAUCUGAUUUAUGAAUAGAAUACAAAGAUAAUAAGCUUAAGAUUAUUUAGCAUUCUAAAUAUUUAUUCUAUGUGGCUACUUUUUUCCUUAUUAAUUCUAAUCAAAUCCACUAAUUUAACUAUCAUAAUUAUAGAUUAUUCAGAAUACAAAUUAUCCAAUUUUACUAAUUCUCCACAAUAAGAAUAAUUUUUUAAGUUUUGCCGAUCACUUUUUGCUUGAUGUUGAUGAAUUAGAUCUAUAAAUUAUCAAACUCUGAUUGGAAGAUUUUUAUAUAAAUAUACAAAAUCCAAAAAAAAGGUAACACGGAACAUUUUGCAGAAAAGAAAGUGCUGUAUAAACAUUUCGCUCCUUAUAAUGAACUCUGGACUGAACGUAGGUUAUGUAUCUUAAUGUGUGACUGUGCCAAGUUAGAUAACUGCUAUAUGAAUGAAGCAAGAAGUGGAGAAACUUUUUCUUAUAGCGGCAUUCAACUAAAAAAAAGAUAGUUACAAAUGAAACUUUCCUUUUUGUUAUGGCUUUUCUGGUUCUAUAACCAUUUCAAGGUGAAAUAGAUCACGAUGCAUUGCAUUCGUAGUUGUUGUCGCCAAUGUGAAAGAAUUUCUGUGAAAUUUAUCCUUAUUCCUUAUUGGUAAAAAAAUUGUUUUAUGAAAUUUGUAUUGAAUCAUUAAGUAUCUGCUUUAACAUUUUAAAACUGAAAUUUGCGAGAUCA